CGGCCACGAAGCCCAGGGCGCGGCCAAGGCGGGGCCGAGCUCGGGUCCAUUCCGCGAGCCCGGCAAUGCUUCCGGGGAAAGGCAAGGCGAGGGAAGGGCGGCGGGAGGAGCGGAGCGGGGCUCCCGGUCAAGUCAUUCUGCUGAUUUCUGCCAGUCUGGUUGCUAGGUUUAAAACCCAAGUAAGCCAAAGGCAAUACUGAGGUUACAUAGGCUUAGAGAAGGCUCUGAAUCAUGGAUACCCUUUGUGCAGCAAAUACCACUUUUGCACUCGACCUCUUAAAGAAGUUGUGUGAGAGGAAAGGCACGCAGAAUAUAUUCUUUUCUCCCUUUAGUAUUUCUUCUGCUUUGUCAAUGAUUUUGCUGGGUUCGAAAGGUAACACCGAAGCCCAAAUAGCAAAGGUCCUUUCUCUGGAGAGAGCUGAGGAUGCUCACAAUAGGUAUCAAUCACUUCUCUCUGAAAUUAAUGAUCCAAGCAACAAAUAUAUACUGAAAACUGCUAACCGACUUUAUGGAGAGAAGACAUUUGAGUUUCUCUCAUCAUUUAUAGAGUCGAGUCAGAAAUUCUACCAUGCUGGACUAGAACAGACUGACUUCAAGAAUGCUUCGGAGGAUUCCAGAAAAGAAAUAAAUGGCUGGGUGGAAGAAAAGACUGAAGGUAAAAUUCAGAACCUGUUGGCUCAGGGGAUUAUCAAUUCAAUGACCAGACUUGUAUUGGUGAAUGCCAUCUAUUUCAAAGGCAACUGGGAAAAGCAGUUCAGCAAAAAUACAACAGAAAUGCCAUUUCAAAUUAACAAGAAAGAGACCAAACCUGUUCAGAUGAUGUUCAAGAAGGAUACAUUUAACAUGACCUAUAUUGGGGACUUCCAGACCAAAAUCCUUGAGCUUCCUUAUGUUGGUAAUGAACUCAGCAUGAUCAUCCUGCUCCCUGAUGAAAUUCAGGAUGAAUCCACUGGCUUGGAAAGCCUGGAAAGAGAGCUUACGUAUGAGAAGCUGAUAGAUUGGAUCAAUCCUGAAAUGAUGGACUGUACAGAGGUGAGGGUGUCUUUACCCAAAUUUAAACUGGAAGAAAAUUACGAUCUGAAACCUCUUCUGAGUAGCAUGGGAAUGCCUGAUGCAUUUGACAUGUUGAAGUCAGACUUCUCAGGAAUCUCAGCUGCCAAUGAGCUGGUGCUCUCUGAAGUGGUUCACAAGUCCUUUGUGGAAGUCAACGAAGAAGGCACUGAAGCGGCAGCUGCCACAGCAGGAGUGAUGAUGUUGCGUUGUGCAAUGAUUGUUCCAGAAUUCACUGCAGAUCAUCCCUUCCUCUUCUUCAUUCGGCACAACAAAACUUCCAGCAUUUUGUUCUGCGGCAGGUUUUGCUCUCCCUAAAAAGGAGAUGCUUUGGCAGAAAAGCUGCCAUUACAUAAUAAAGUUUUCAUUCUUUAGAAUAGGGUUACAUUUUUUGCACUAAUUGUCUCAACUGUGCCUGAAUCCACUUCUGUGGUCUUCGUCUUGGGCUUGAAUACAGUAACAGAGACGCUUAGACAUAUGCUGCCACUUAGAAUACCUCUAUUGCCCUGUGCAGCUGAGUGCUGAGGUCUCUUAACUUCUUGCUGACACAAAAGACAUCCUCCUUGCUCAGCAAAAGCUUCUUCUAUCCUUUUAGUCCCCACAACACUUCAC